AUGGGGAGAGAGAAGAGACGACCUGAAGCCAUGAUGCUAGACCUCCUGGGCACAGCAAACAAAGGUAUCUCGAUAGAAACUCAGCAAUUGGGCAGGGCAGAGAAGAAGAGAAAAAGAGAAGACGGCGAAGUUUGGUGUUUGAGAAAGAGACGGAAGAUGUAA